GUGUCACAAGGAAUUGGAAGUAGCACUUCACUUUCCGUUAUUAUUAUAUCCAUCCAUCAACACAAAAAUGGUGGCAAUGGGAGUUGCAGCAGCGUACACUCAUAUCCACCUGAUAGAGGCUUCCAGUUCAAAAUCAAUGGAAUUGAAAUGGGUAAGAACAAGAAUCACCAAAACCUCACAGCAUAACAAGAACAUAGAAAAUACUCUAUCAACACCCCUUCUCCCAGUUUACAUUUCCACUAACCCACGCCACGUUGAUCCUCAACGUCUCCAAGACCUCUGCUCCACUUGCAACCACUCUUUUCAGAGAUUUUCUGGUACCCCUGAACCUGUCGAUAUCAACAAACUCCGCAUUGCUCUUUCUCAUAGCGAUGUUCUUGUCUCUGUUUUUUGCAAACCUAAUAUUGUUGAUGAGUUGGGAAAAUCUUCGUCUUCUGUUGUGGAUUUCUUGACGCCGGUUUCUCCUUCCCGGGAUUUGUUAGUUGGAUUUGGCCGUGCUGUUUCUGAUUGUGGUCUCACUGCUUCUAUUUAUGAUCUCAUGGUUAUUCCAUCCCUGAGGAGAAUGGAAAUUGGAAAAAUUAUUGUUAAAAAAAUUGUGAGAAUGCUUACAAAUAGAGACAUCUAUGACAUAGCAGCCCUUUGCUCAGAGGAUGAGAGGUUGUUUUUUAAGGCUUGUGGAUUUGGUGGUGACAUUUUGGACUCUACGACCAUGAUGUACACAAGAGCUGCUUCCUCAACAAUCCAGGAAGGCGAGCAAAAUGUCACGCGCGCAGGCCAAAAGUUACUGUUGAUUCCACCUCUAAUAGAGAAACACUACAAAUCAUCAAGGACAAAAAUAUAGAGUUGUGUUUCGCUGUAUAUACAGCUAUCAAAAAGAAGAUUGUUAUUGCGUCAUUCUUGGCCGGUGUAUAUUCAACGGAGCAAAGAAAAUGUGUAGUUACAAGAUUUUUUUUUUUUGGUCGUGCUUUAACUGUAAUUCUUUAAAUGUGAUAAAUAUUGAUGCUUCUGGAAGAACAAAUUUUUGUACAAAGCAUAUCCUAAAUCUGCCUUUUAAA